GAGGGGUACAACAAGGCUAAAAGGCUGUGAUUGCAAGCCGAACCCCAAUGGGCCGUGAUGGUUCUAUUGGCUAGGGCAGGCUGUAAUGCUACUACUGGCUGCUCCAGUAGAAAAGUGCGAGCCCCCAGCUUCUUGGACAUUUUUACCGGCUGCUCACGCCGGUGCGUCAAUGUUGGGCCCUCGGCCUCAUCGCAGCCGUGCAGCGAUGUCGCCAGCACCAGCCGAGCCUGCGAUUGUGGUCACGGAGGCAAGCUUACAAAUUGGCGUAGGUAGUGACUCAGACAGAACCUGCCAGAAGACUAGGAUUCUAGAAGCAGCAAGGGGUGUUGCAGUCGAGGUGUUUGGUGGAGAAGGUCCAGGCUCGGCUGAAGAAUGCGGUUCUGGUCCAAAUGUCGUUCUGGCGAAUAUUCUCAUACCUCAUCGCACUACAGACACAUCACGUGGCACUACCCUGGGAUUGGCGGUGUUAGACUACUCACAAUAAGUUGCCAGACCCUGUGGAUCCAGUCCAUAUCGUCCUUACUAUCGCCUACCAUUUAAACUAUCGGUACCCGGCACAUCGUGCAUGCCUACUGAGCGUCAGCCUCCGGUUAUGUGAUUGGUGCGUCCGACAUCGUCGCAUGCUCUGGCACAACAAACAAGCCGAGGACGAUGUCGCACCGGUGCCGCUUUCCUAUUCCGGUAGGCUAGUGGGUUUUUUUGCCUCGGAGCUUCCCACUUGCGACUUUGUCCGUGGUCAAAUUGCUUUUUCCAAAUUAUCUCCGAGCUCUUCAAUGAGGU